CUAUUUUGGGGAAAGCAGCAGCACCAGAGCCAAGAUGGCGGCCAGCAGGAGGCUGAUGAAGGAGCUUGAAGAAAUCCGCAAAUGUGGAAUGAAAAACUUCUGUAACAUCCAGGUUGAUGAAGCUAAUUUAUUGACUUGGCAAGGGCUUAUUGUUCCUGACAACCCUCCAUAUGAUAAGGGGGCCUUCAGAACUGAAAUCAACUUUCCAGCAGAGUACCCAUUCAAGCCACCGAAGAUCACAUUUAAAACAAAGAUCUAUCACCCAAACAUCGAUGAAAAGGGGCAGGUCUGUCUGCCAGUAAUUAGUGCUGAAAACUGGAAGCCAGCAACCAAAACCGACCAAGUAAUCCAGUCCCUCAUAGCACUGGUGAACGACCCUCAGCCUGAGCACCCCCUACGGGCUGACCUAGCUGAAGAAUACUCUAAGGACCGUAAAAAAUUCUGUAAGAAUGCUGAAGAGUUUACAAAGAAAUAUGGGGAAAAGCGACCUGUGGACUAAAAUCUGCCAUGAUUGAUUCCAGCAAGUGUGAGCAGAGACCCCGAGCAGUGCAUUCAGACACCCCGCAAAGCAGGACUCUGUGGAAAAUUGACACGUGCCACCGCCUGGCGUUCGCUUGUGGCAGUUACUAACUUUCUACAGUUUUCUUAAUCAAAAGUGGUCUAGGUAACCUGUAAAGAAAGGAUUAAAAAUUUAAGGUGUUCUAGUUCUGCUUUCUUUGUUUUAAAAAUCACUGCUUUAGUCUACUUCAAAAGAUUGGUGUUUCUUUUCUUAUCCAAGUUUUUCCAAAAUUUUCAAGUUACAUUUAGCCCAUAAGGUU